AUGGCGGCAAUCACAUCAUCCGUCGUCGGCCGAUUCUCGCUCGCAUCAAUGCUGUCGAGCUUCCAAGGGGUGAAGCCCACCACGGCACUCUUCCGACAGCGGAUUCUCCCUUCACUUUCGAUCGCAGUUCCCGGCAUCAGCCUCAACCUUCCCGUGUUGGAUGACAUCUGGGAAUCUGUACUGCGGGCGGUGCCGAAGAAUAAGGUGUCACAUUCCCGAAAGAGACACCGGCAAAUGGCCGGAAAGGCACUCGAAGAUGUCAACAGCCUGUGCAAGUGCCCCGGCUGCGGCGAGACGAAGCGAACACAUCGGCUCUGCCAACGAUGUCUGGAAGCCCACAUCACCGACAUUUUCUCCCUCACGACAACGACCAAGGCAGUUCUUUCGGCGAGCGGCUCAUCGACGCUGCACGUGCACGACACCAGCGAUCCGGCCUACCCGCUGAAGCAGUCGAUUUCGGACGCCCACAAGCUCGGAUGCCACCACAUCACCAGCUCGAGAAAUGGCAAGGUCGCAGCGAGCGCCGGCUUUGGAGGUGAGGUCAAGCUCUGGGGUCUCGACCAAGAGACGGGAGAGUGGCAAAGCAGGGGCCAGCUCACGGGCCCUUUGGUGAAGGCCGGCGAAGUGUGGGCACUGGCCCUGAGCGAGGAUGGCAGCUUCCUCGCGAGCACGACGAAUGAUGGACGCAUCAACGUAUGGGACGUCUCGGCCGACGAGAAGACCAAGGUUCAAGAGUACGAAACUGGAAACGGGGGCUCGGGCAGCUUCGGCAUGUGUGUCGACCUCAGCAAGGACGGACGAUACACGGCCAGCGGACAUCAGAACGGCGCCAUCUACAUCUUUAACAACGAGAAUGGGCGAAUUCUGUACUCUCUUCCGGGCUUGGCAAAACCAGUACGGGCGGUAUCCUUCUCGCCAGGCAGCACCCGUCUCGCCGCCGCCGGGGACGCCGGCAUCAUUGCCCUCUACGACAUGAAGCACGGCGAACACGUCAGCAACCUGACAGGCCAUGCGUCUUGGAUCACCACCAUCGAUUGGAGCGACACGGGUGAGUAUCUGCUCAGCGGCUCGAUGGACGGCAAGGUCAAGGUGUGGUCCAUCGAACGCGGCGCCUGCGUCGCAACCCACAGCGAGACGGACAAGGCCCUCUGGGCCGUCAGGUGGCUACCGAAGACGGGAAAGAGCGAGAUGUUUGUAACGGCGGGCGCAAACAGGAGCCUCUCCUUCUAUCGAGAGGCCACAGGGAGCUGA